GUAUGUUAACUUAAUUGCAAGGGGUUGAUUUUACAAGCAGUGCACUGCAUUUUAUUUUUUCAUUCCCAAACCGGAAAUAUCGUUAUUAGCUGAGCCAACUUUACACAGCCUGAACUUCGAGUGAAGUAUUCGGAGACGACACAAGAAACAAAGUAGUGGUUCGACUCGCGCUUACAUUAAAUUCGAUACAGUGGGUGUACGUUUGAUUAAUGUCAUUUUUUUUACAUUUUCUUAUUACUAACGAGGCCAACUCUUGUCCCUUUUUUUUUUUUUUACUUAUUUAUUUAUUUAAUUUGACCUGGAUUUGUUUCGUUUCCUAGUUUGUCAGCUAACACCCAAUCCAGGGAGAUAAUUUGCUCGGGUCUAAUCCCGAGUGUGUGUGUGUUAAUCCUUUCACACUUAGUGCUGCACAACAGUUGGAGGAAGUCCAGCAGGAGGAGUGUCUAUAAUCUUAUCGGCCGUGAAGUUAAAUAUAUUGAGGUUCCGGGUAAAUGAGUAACAACACGGAGGCUCCUCUCUCAAUCAGCUGGGACUCUGAAGAUUCACGAAAGCAUUGAACUUUCCGAGGAAGUAUGCGGGGCAAACUCAACCGGAAACACGACGUUUGAAAGAAACCUCUAGUUUUUCAGAGCAACUCCACCAGAGACCCACCGGUUUGAAGGGGCAUGAAACCCCGACCGAACUUUACUCCUCGCAUAGAAGCGACACGAUGGCAUCAUGCGGAAGAAAGAGUCGAACCAAGUUAGUUCUUUGCCUUUUUGGCGUCACUUUGUUGGGGUAUCUAGUAUUUUUCAAACACCCAUCCGGGAAAGUCAGUGCUGCAAACCGACGUGAAGUCUCCGUGGAGGGAGAGGAAGAGAACGAACGGCUGAGGAGGCCCGUUUACGAGAAGCCCCCGCUGGAUUUUAAUGCCCUGGGUGAAAUGGGAAGAGCUGUUAAACUGAAUUUGAACAAAGAGGAGAAAAUAAAAGAGGAGGAGAGCAUCCAGACACACCAGAUUAACACCUAUGUCAGUGACAGGAUCUCACUGCACCGCAGUCUGUCAGAGAGAUGGAAUCCACUUUGCAAAGAGCUCAAGUACCACUACAAGACUCUGCCUACGACCUCCGUGGUGAUUGCUUUCUACAAUGAGGCCUGGUCUACCCUGCUGAGGACGGUCCACAGUGUGCUGGAGACUUCUCCCGACAUCCUCCUCAGAGAGGUGGUGCUGGUGGAUGACUACAGUGACAGAGAUCACCUGAAGGAGCCACUGGAGAGGUACCUCUCCGGGUUGAGGAAGGUGCAUUUGAUCCGGGCCACGAAGAGGGAGGGGCUGGUCCGGGCCCGGCUGCUAGGGGCAUCCAUCGCCACUGGCGACGUGCUGACUUUUCUGGAUUGCCACUGCGAGUGCCACGAGGGCUGGCUCGAGCCGCUGCUCAAGAGGAUCAAAGAGGAGCCCAAAGCCGUGGUGUGCCCCGUCAUUGAUGUGAUAGACUGGAACACCUUCCAGUAUUUAGGCAACCCCGGCGAACCUCAGAUUGGUGGGUUUGACUGGCGGCUGGUCUUCACCUGGCACCCGGUCCCACAGUACGAACAGAAACGCCGUCACUCGCCCACUGAUGUCAUCAGAUCUCCUACUAUGGCAGGCGGUCUGUUUUCUGUGAGCAAAAGCUACUUCCAUUACCUGGGGACAUAUGACACAGGAAUGGAGGUUUGGGGAGGAGAAAACCUGGAGUUUUCUUUCAGAAUUUGGCAAUGCGGGGGCAGCCUGGAGAUCCACCCGUGCUCCCACGUGGGUCACGUGUUCCCCAAAAAGGCCCCUUACUCACGGAGCAAAGCGUUGGCAAACAGCGUGAGGGCGGCAGAGGUGUGGAUGGAUGAGUACAAGGAGCUCUUUUACCAUCGCAACCCCCAUGCUCGACGGGAGGCCUUUGGAGACGUGACGCAGAGGAUGAAACUGAGAGAGAGCCUGGGGUGUAAAAACUUUAAGUGGUAUCUGGAUAACGUCUAUCCCGACAUUUUCGUCCCACACGAUCGACCGGGCAUGUUUGGAAUGUUGAAGAGUCGGGGAAAGACCAACUACUGCUUUGACUAUAAUCCUGGGGAGGACCAGGUGCUGGAAGGUCAUAGGGUCAUACUCUAUCCAUGUCACGGCAUGGGUCAGAACCAGUUUUUUGAAUAUUCGGUCGACGGGGAAAUAUGCUAUAACACCAGAGAUCCUGCUGGAUGUGUUGUGCCUGACAACAUCAGCACUUACCUGACUGUCCUUCAGUGCGUGAAACGAGGACAACCUAUUCCCAUGGACCAGAAAUUUAUCUUUCGAAAGGAUGGGAGUCUGUUCCAUGUCCAGACCCAGAAGUGUAUUGAAGCAGUGGACCAGACCGACGAUGGGACACCAGCCCCGGCUAUGAAGCCCUGCUCUGACAUCCCUCACCAAAAGUGGUUUUUUGAGGAGAAGCUGUAAACACUUAGCAUAUGUGGAGCAUCUCACCAGCUGAGGAUUCCUCUCUGAUCCCCCUUCCUAAUCAAACAUCCUCAUCUUCCAUGCAAUUACAGCAAAGUUCAUAUUUUCUAAGGCGUCUUGUGCACAAAACAAGACAAUAGGAAUUCUGACUAUUCUUCAAAGUGACUUGGUUCAAGACUUAGUGAUUAUCUAAAUUACUUACGGUGGCAUUCUGUUGGAGAGACUGUUUUAGCUCCCUUUGCUUUUUGCAAACAGAAAUAAGGACACAGAAACUUGUGCAUCGAUCCGACGGAAAUCACGCGUUUGUGAAUCUGCCAAAAGAGCUUCUUGUGUGGCUGGCUGAUGGUUUUUUUUUUUUUUUUUUUUUGAGCACAUCAUCAGGGCUUCUUUCUUGAUAUUUGGAUUUUCUCCUGUAGAGGGGGCUAACACUCCUCUCUGCGUUUGAUCCUUUCUGUCGGCGUGUCCUCGCUUCAUCAUGUGCCAGCGAGGACAAAUGAUUGGGCGUUUUAAUAGGAACCUUUUGAAAAGGUUGACUGCUCGGUGCUUCAUUAUAGCAGCAAGUUGAAAGCAAAGUCAUAGAUCGCAGGUGUUAGGCGGGAACCUAACCAUAACGCUGAAAAACACGGGAAACCGCACUGUUACUCUGCUUCGAUUUCACAUUUCAUGUGAAGUGAAAAUGUCAUGGGUCAUUUUUGAACAGUCCCACUCAAAAGUUUUCAUGCACUCAUCGUUCACAUUGAAUGCCAUUUAUCCUUUUAUUUAAACCGUUGUUUUACCAGGGUCGACUAUAACAUGACCUGCAACUUCACCGGCUUGAAAACACGAGAGUCAGACUUUGAAUUUAUUUAGGAUUUUCCCUAUUCCCAAUCGAAAAACACAGGCUCAAAUUUAUACAUUCUCCUCAAUUAACAUUUGAGUAAAUGUCCCUUAGCAGGUCGCACACAAACAUUGUAAGCCUUUGUUGCCCCUGAUGAGCUUCUGGCACAACUCGGGUAUUGGACCACUUCCUCUUUCAUUAAAAAUGAUGGAGCUCA